AUGGAGAAGACAUGGCUCUACCUCCAUAGUCAAUCCAAGAUCUACGUACCUCCAGCACCAUUAAAGAUGGAUGAUGGAAAGGAAACAAGUGUUGGAGACAUGAGGGGAGUGUUUGUGACAAUUGGUGUUAUAUUUGGGCUGUUGGUCGAAAGUGGUGAUUGGUUACUGUUGGACUGUGUUAAAGAUAUGUGCAGGACCUGUUGGGAAUUAGUAGGUGUUUGUGAGCGUUCACACUAG